AUGACAACCUCCGCCACCUACGCCUACCCGUCAUGGCCGUCGUAUAGCGCGCCCUCGCCCAGCGCAACAGAGGCAGUAGGGAAUAGCAACAGCAACAACAAUAGUAGUGGUCCGACAAGCUCGCCGCUCCUCUUCUUCGUUGCUCUGGGCUUCGGUGUCGUCUUUACAAAUCUCUGGAUCAUCGUGGGCGUCAAAUACUGCUUCCGAUACAACCGUCGGCGCGCCGCUGCAGCCGCCGCCGAUGGCGAGCCUAUCGACCUCACGACCAUGCCUCGGCCGCACAGAAGGAGAAGGGAAAAGAAGCUGAUGACCAUGGACGAGGUCAACGAGCGGUUUCCACUCACCAAGUACAAGCAGUGGAAGUCUAGUCGCGAGACGGAAGGAUUGCCAUCUAGCGGGGGAAUUGCGACAGCACCCCAGAGCAGAGCGCAAAGUUUGAAGGAUGUCGAGGGCGUGAUAUCGACAAAAGAUGAAGGCUCUAGUCAUAGGCCAGACACAGCCCUUUCCAUGGCCCGCGAGGAUUUAACCAUGCCAAAUUCAUCUACACAAAAGCCAGAAUCCCCCAGGACAAGCGUGGAUGCAAAGGACAAGGACACGGAGAAGCAUGUGGAGAAGCAUAUUGAAGCAGAGAAGUCUGCCACCACCACGACUGAGGCAGUGGAGACGAGCAAUGCUACUCCACAGGUCAACGCUCCUGAGCGUGAAGACGACUCAGAUGAUGACGACGAUCCGAUUCGAACUGCUGCUGCACCAGAAUUGUUGGCUGAGCCCGGUGACACUUGCGCCAUCUGCUUGGAUACCCUGGAGGACGACGAUGACAUCCGAGGACUCACUUGCGGCCACGCUUUCCACGCCAGCUGUGUAGACCCAUGGCUGACGAGUAGGCGAGCCUGCUGUCCACUCUGCAAGGCAGACUACUAUGUUGCCAAGCCUCGCCCUGAGGGUGAGGUCGACCCUGCCACCGGUCGUCGUUCAGCCGCAGGGCUCAGGUCACCAAACUCCCCACAGGCUGUCUGGACUACUACUCGCGGUAAUCCCUUCUCCCGAUCCCGGGUCAUCAUCAUCUCUGGCCCUGGUGGUCAGCAAAGCCAGCGUGUUGACAGAUUCGGGCGACUUAGUCGCCCUGGUAGGCCAGAUCGCUCAACCACUGCAGAUGCUGGGCAGCUGUCGGAGCAGGGCGUUGGCAACUCUAGUUGGAGAUCUCGGUUGACGAUGAAUCGAACGCAAGGUCCAACGUUUUCAAACUGGUUUGGCCGCAGCCGUGGCAAUGCGAGUGUGGACAACAAUGCGCCAGCCCAACCCACCCCAGGUCAGCUCGAAGCUGGCAACAGGUAG